AUGACUAUGGACACACAGGUAGUUGCUCCUAUACCUGAAGAUGCAAUAGAGACUGGUGAAGCUGAAAAAGAACUAGAGGUAGUGAGACCAGAGCUGAAGAAGCCUGUGAUUGUAGAUGCUGAAACUGGGAAUAAAUACCACACUGAGAUUCAUGAGAUGUUUAAGCAAGUAAAGAUUAAUAUUCCACUCUUGGAUGCCAUACAACAAGUUCCUUCGUAUGCAAAAUUUUUGAAGGACUUGUGUACAGUGAAGAGGAAGUUGAAUGUAAAGAAGAAAGCUUUCCUAACGGAGCAAGUCAGUGUAUUGAUAUUGAGCGAGACUCCUCAGAAGUUUGGAGAUCCUGGCUCCCCCAACAUUUCAAUUAUGAUCGGUGAGUCACGCAUUGGGAGAGUUUUACUUGAUUUGGGGAGUAGUGUGAACUUGCUACCAUUCUCAGUGUAUGAGCAGUUGGGAUUGGGUGAGUUAAAAAAGACCUCUAUCAUGCUACGAUUGGCUGACAGAUCAAUUAAGGAGCUGAGGGGUAUUGUAGAGGAUGUGCUAGUCCAGGAGGACAAAUUUUACUACCCAGUGGAUUUUGUAGUUCUUGAUAUGCAGCAGCCAGCCUCCACUAUUUACCAAGCUCCUGUCAUUCUUGGAAGACCAUUUCUAGCUACAUCAAAUGCUUUGAUUAAUUGCAGAAGUGGAGUUCUGAAGCUUACUUUUGGGAACAUGGCACUUGAAUUGAACGUUUUCAAUGCUUGCAAGAUGCCAACGCAUUUUGAUGACACAAGUGAUUUGAAUGCUGUGGAGAGUUUGACACCAACAGAAUUUAUUUGCUCAACUUUUCCUUUCUCUGAUAAUGAUUCCAGUUUUCAGUCACAUAAAUUUUUACUUGAUGAAAAAACUGACCAUGUUGAUGGAAAUGUUUUUGAAUUUUUGGACUGUUUUGCAGAUUCUUCCUUACCACUUAGUACAAUUUGCAGGCGCAAGAUGGAAACCCCAGUUUGA